AUGCUUACAGACCAUUCUUCGAAUGUUUGUGCUUUGGAUGGCGCAGCACUUUUUGAGAAUGCUUGCUGUGAUUCAAGAUUACUGAAAAACGCAGAAUCUGCAGGAGUUUUAGAGUUCACUGAGUUAUGGAAUGCUUUUUGGCACAACGUUGGCAAAUCAUUUCGUGCUGAUGCAAAAUAUUUACGAAAAUAUAUUGUGAGGAGUUUACGACUUACGAAGACUGGUCUGCAUGAUCUCUUUGCAAGUACCUAUGGAUAUAAUUACAAUCAAAACAAAGAUUUUGUUGAAAAUUUCUUCCGUGAGUUGGAAAACUACAUGCUUGGUGAUAGACAAGAUAUUGCAUCAUUAGUUGAUAAUUUUUUCGAAAGUCUGCUCUAUCGUGUCCUUCGAGUUAUGCUUUUAGUGAAGACAGAACAGGACCUUUCUGCAGCUAACUGUAUUGCAUCUAAACUGAAACCUUUGAAGCCUUUCGAGCAAGCACCUGAAGUGAUUCGAGCAAUGUCAGUCCGUGCAUUCCCUCCUGCCAGGAUUCUCAGGAAUGGUCUUCGCUUUGCUAAUAGCAUAUUGCAAUCUUUAUCCACAAAGUUCACAAUGAAUCACAGUUGUACUAAUGAAUGGAUUAAAUUACGCUAUUGUAAUUUAUGCUCAGCUAUAAUCCAACCGGUUAUAUGUCGACAUGACUGUUUUAAUCGUUUGUCAGCAUGUCUGUUACCUUGGACUUCAUUCGACAAAUACUGGAUUUUGUUUAUCGAUCAACUGAUUCUUAUUGCUGAACGUUUAAAAGACUCACGAAGUUUUCCACAGGUUAUUAGACCAUUACAAAUACACAUAUCUGAUGGUAUAAUGAAUUUACAGACUGUCCUGUUUCGAUUAGAACAAUCUGAAGAAUGGUUUCAUGAUUGUUUAGGUGAAAAGUUGAAAAAUUCAUCAUCUUCACUAUUUAGACACAAGAGUGAACAGCCAGGCCAAUUACAACGAAAGCAACGAUUCGUAAUACCAUCUAAUGAUCAAGAUAUAUCACUUCAACGUCAUAAACAAUCCUACAUUUACAGUAAUCAUAAUGAAUUGAAGUUAUGGGCCGAUAAUAUUCGUAAAAAGUAUUAUCGAAUUCGUAAACCAUUUUCAAACAUGGUAAACUAUUUUUGCAGUGACGAAUUCUUGCGUAAUUCCGUGAAAUCCAGAAAUGGUGUUUGUUGGACUGGUGAAAAAUUAAUACCUAGAUCACAUCCACCCUCAAAAUCUUUUGUUAAUGAAGGGAAUAUUCACAUAGAUCCUGUAAUUAUCCGCGCUAUCAAGAAUCUACAACAAAUGACUAAAAUAAUUCAGUUAGUUGUUGAAAAUAAUUCAGAUCCAAAUUAUAUGUCAAUUGGAGGGAUUGAUUCUACAACGGAUAAUAAUAAAGAUAGUGAGAUUGUCCGUGAUCACUGGUUUGAUCACUUAACAACCACCCCAUCGUCUACAAACUUGUUGAAUCCUUCACUUCCACAUGAAUAUGAGAAUAUCAGUACCAAUAAUGAUCAUCGUUAUUUAUCUUACACACAGUCAAGUCGUGCUUCUCAGGAUUUAAACAGUGAAUACGAAGAAUACUCAGGUAUAUCUCCUGCAUAUCAUAUGACGUUAAAUCCUUCAACUCCACAACAAAGUCGUGCUCCUGGACUCUCAGAUGAUGAGGAUUUUGCAACUUUUCAUCAGGCCCCAUUCAUGACAAAUUCAAAUCAAUUUAAUAAACAACAAUUAUUUGUAAAUAACCAGAGAAGUAUCUUUACUUCUUCGUCGUCUUCUUCUUCUACAAAUGACAUCAAAAUGUUCGUCAAUACUAGUAAACUCUCCCCGCAGGUUGAGGAAGAUAAACAACAGAAGAGGCCAGCUGAUACAAUGCCAUACAUUAAUCCACCUCAUACAAUAUGGUUACCAUCCAUAUUCAAUAAUAUAUCUUUAUUCACCUAUCAUAGAGAAAUAGUAUGGACACUACAUACUACUAAGACUACUACUAACAGUAGUAGUGUUAGUAAUACUGACAAUAUACCAAUGUUAAAUACCUUUCUUAUUGCUUACAUUUAUCUUUUAUACAUAUACUUCAGAUAG